CCCACCACACUCUACUCUCUUCCCACCACACGAACCAACACAGAUAUCAAUUACAAUGUCUGACCAGCAAGCCACCGGACAGCAGGAUGCCCUCGACAAGGGUGUCGAUGCCGCUCUCAAGAAGGCCGGCCACGGCCAGAACGCCUCCACCACCGAGAAGAUCUCUGACGGUGUCCGAUCUGCCUUCAAGAAGGUUUCCGGCAAGGACGUCCCCAUCCAGGACAAGCAAUAAGGCGGAUAGGUCAGAAGUAUAGUCGUAGAUGCGAUGAAUAGUAGUAUUCAAACAAACAUCUCUUCAUGUGUCGCAUGAUGCCAUCCAUUCACGUGUCGUGUGCUGCCCCCUUUCCGCUGGCUGUGCUGGCUUAUUGUUGACAUGUUAUAGGGCUGGCCAGUAGGGGCGCAGGUACC